AUGGAUAAAGCCUUAACUCCUGAAUAUUUAAACUGGCACGCUAAAUUGGUUGAUUCACUGAGUCAUUUGACAGAUAAAAUUCGUUUAAGCUUAUAUAGAGCAUAUACAGAAGAGACUGAACUCAAUCCCUGGAUAAAGUCUGAAACUCCCGAAUCCUCACAAAUCGAAAAGAUUGAUAAUCAUCUUUCACAGGACUGUAUUAUCAAAAUUUUCAAGUUUCCGGAAGAGAAAGAAGCUAAAUGUUUGAUAUGCGAUGAAGUACACACACAUUUAGGUAUGUGGGGUGACUGGAGCUGUCUAGGUAUAAAUGAUCACUAUUUUCUUAAUUGCUCUUUUCGUAUCGAUCAAAAGAAAGUUAUAAUUGCCAUACAGAGUUCACCGGAAACUCAAUUACCAAUUUCUGGGACUAAUCCAAAUAAAAUUUAUCAACCAGAGGCUAGUUUAUGCCAAUAUGUCAUCGAAUAUGGAAUGGAUCCCGAGAAAUUUUCGGUCAUUACUGAGGCUGAGAAAAAAAGAUGGACCAUGGGAUGCUUCCGUGCUGACUUGGAGAGAGAUAUACACCUUUAUCGUGAAGGAAUAAAAAGGAAUGAAGAUACCAGAAAAUAUCACAAAUUUUAG